AUGGUUCUAUUGGCACGAAAGCAGCAGGUUUAUCAAGCACCACUUACAGACAUGAACGGAACAGCUAUGAGAUGGAUUACGCUUGAAAUACAUACCGAGAUGAAAGUCGGUGAUGUACUCCCCACGGGGCUCGCCUUACACUCUGUGGGCGUUCGAAGGAGCUGGUGGGGGUAUACAAUUAAUUGUUCUGACCCAAGUGAAUACGCUCUUCCUUUGACAAAUGAGUUUCUGAGGCACUGGAACGCGAUCCUUGGCAACUUUCCGUUUGACGAUCGAGACAUAUUGGCUGCACAAUCGGAGGAACCCGAAUAUAUACUCACCAGAGGAGGGCAGGCCUUACUCCAUGGAAAAUAA